UUUGAAUGUGUUUAUUGUUCAUAUUCGUUGUGCAAGAAGCUGUUACAGUGUAUGUGUUUGGCACAUAGUAAUGUGUUACAUUUAUUAAAGAGAUUUUAUCAGUAUAUGUUUAGUAAAUGUUGGAGACUUUGUUUCUGUGAGGAAAAUUUUAAUUUAUGACAGAAAAAGAGAACUAAAUUGUCGCGUGUACAAUGGAAAGUGGAAUGGAUUCCUUUGCAGAUUCUGAUAACAUAAAUACUUCUACACCUUGGAAACUUCGUUUUAUCAAGUCCCCCGUUGUGUCGUCACCUAUUUGUAAACAAGUUGACACCGGUUUCCAAUUAUUCGUGUCAGGUUUACAAGAAAAAGUUUCGUCCGCAGAAAACAGCCUGACGGAAGAUUCAGAAGAAAAGAUUCAGACAGUUUCGAUUAAAGAACCGGAAGGACUUCCCUGCAACGAUAUUGGUGAUGAAAAAACAAUAGCAUCCUGUAGUACAGAAAAGGGAAGUACAUCAACUACUGUCAGUUCAAUCAUCUGCUCGCGGAUUACAGACACACUUCCAUCUGCGAAGUUAUGGAAACCGUUUGAUAUGUCGUACGAUAGCUUUAUUUUACUUGAUGAAACUAUUAUGAGCGAUGAAUCGAAUCAGGAAGAUUCAUUUAAAAAAUGUGAUGAAAAUUUUGCAAAGAACAUUUCUGGCAUUUUACCCCUCGAUGCUGCAAAACUCGUGUACUCUCCCAAAUUUGAUGCCACGAAGUCAGGUAUUGUUCCAAACUUAAUAUUAGACGAUGGGAAGAAUCUAAGAAAUGAAGUUAAACCGAAGCCUAUGAUACCAGAAGAAAACGUUCUCCAGGACACACAAUAUGUGGCACAUGUUAAUGUGCAAAACAACCCAUCACAUUCUGCGGAGGCAGUCAAACAAGAUUCUGUAUCCAGUACUUUGGUAACAGACAAAUUUGAGCCAAAUGCCACUUCAGAACAGAUACUACAGAGCAGCGGUAAAAACGAACAAGUUAUUUCUGCUGAUCAAAGGGGCGACAAAUUAGGACAAAUUAAAUCUGAUAUUGAGGAAACUGGAAAAAUUGAACAAAUGGAGUCUGAGAGUGGGGAGACUGGAAAGCUUGAACAAGUGAAGUGUGAUAAUUUGGGGGCUGGUCAGAUUGAACAAGUGAAGUCUGAAGGUGGGCAGACUGAAAAAUUGAAGUCUGAUGUGACAGAUACUGAAAAAACUGAACAAUUGAAGCCUGCCAGUGGGAUUACCAUAAAGAUUGAACAAGUAAAGUCUGAAAGUUUAGAGACUGAACAAGUGAAACAUGACAAUUUGGAGACUGUACAAGUGAAAUCUGAUAAUAAAAUGUUUAUAAAGAUUGAACAACUGGAGUCUGACAAUUUGGAUACUGAACAAGUGAAGCCUGACAACUUGGAGACUGAACAAGUUAAGUGUGACAAUGAGGUGUCUAUAAAGAGUGAACAAGUGAAGUUUGAUGAUGAAACUACGACUGCACAAGUGAAGCCUGACACUUGGGUAACUGGAAAGUUUGAACAAGUGAAGCCUAACAAUGGGGUAACUGGAAAGAUUGAACAAGUGAAGCCUGACAAUGGGGUAACUGAAAAGAUUGAACAAAUGAAGGCUGACAGUUUGGAGAUUGUAAAGAUUGAACAAAUGAAGUCUGGCAACCUGGAGACUGUAAAGAUUGAACAAGUGAAGUCUGACAAUUUGGAGACCGGAAAGACUGAACAUGUGAAGCCUGACAGUGGGGAGUUUGUGAGCAGUGAUCCAGAGGAGAAUGCGGACAAUAAUAAUCCUGAAUGGGAACUUUUGAAAAAGCUAGAGACUGAUGAAGAACGUUAUAAGGCUGUGAGAUUGCGUUGGAGGAAUCUUGUUAUUCCAAAUCCCAAUAAGAACCUGACUUACCGUAGUCGAGGGUACUGGAUUACAGAUAAAAGUCAAAAACAAAUAUCUGAAGUCAAACCUAAUCCUGUGGUUACUGGUAAAUCAAGAAAACGUACACAUUCUGCAGACCCCACUGAGCACCACGUCCCAGCGAAACGGCAGAGGACAUUCUCUUGUACAGAAGUAUUCGAUAGAAAGAUGCUUGAUGUUCAGAAAAACCUGAGCAGAGAACGGAAUGCCAUUCUUCAGCAACAUGAGCGAGCUGUACAAAACCUUGUGAACAAAACAAACCAUCAACUUCAAUGUUACUCACCAGGAAGUUUUAAUGAUGAGCGUAUUCGAGCACUUCAUGUCCAGAAUGUAGUGGAAUUGCGCUAUAAGUGUGAUAACCGGCUGGCGGCAGUUGAAUCCGAAAGCAUGAAUCAGUUGCGAGCUCUCGAAAAGGCGAUGGAAGAAGUGCGUGUCUUCAAUUCUUUCUACCAAGGACUGGAGGAGGGUUGUGAUGAUGCAUUGUUGCUGACUGAUGAACAGCUUCUGGAAGUUCUUGAGGAGGAUCACCUUUACGAAUGUUUCAAUGAAUUCUACAACGGUUAAUUUUUAUUUUUUGUAGAAUUGUUUUUUAUGUUUGUCUAAUGGUCCUAGAAAAUUAUUUAUGUUGAGAGACUGAGAGUAUUUAUACAAUUUGUCAAAAUUAUUGCAGUAAUAAGACUGAUCACUUUUUAAAUCUGAAACUGACAUAUAUUUUGUGAACUUGUGGUGUUAUAACAUUCUAAAUGUCAUUGUUACCUAACAGAAGUGACCGUUCUUUCUCAUUUAAAUUCUGUUCAUUGUUUAGCUCAGGAAUAUUCAAUUUUUGCAACUAAGAAUGCUUGAGACAGGUGGGAAAAUCUCAAGUAAGUUCAUACAGUAGUUUCCUCUUAGCCAAGGAAGCGGAUACAAAUACUAGGAUUUUUCUCAGGGAUUUUCAUGUGUGUUAUUUACAUUUACAGUUCCUAUUCUUAUAAAUUUAGGUAGAUCUUAAAAAUGUUGGGCAGAGCUUUGUA